CGCAAUUUUAAUUCCCAGUCUGGGGGCCCUUUGGCUGACAACGUCCCAUCUGCAACUUGGCCUGCCUGCCUGCCUGCCUGGCCUGCCCCCCCCUUGCUCCGGUUGGCAAACCCGGCCGACCAACGAAAAGGCGAGAACCGGGGAUUGGCCCCCCUGGAAGAGAUCAUGCAUAGCAACGCGAUGUCGACACGAAAAAAAAAAUCGAAUUAGAAUAAAAAAAAAUCACACACAGCUUUGGUGCUGACGAGGCUUGGAGGGCGUCUUAGCGCUUCUCGUUCUGGAUCGACCCCCUGGUCCAAUCGAGGCGACGAUCCCAAGCUGCAAACAGGCUUCCCCAGGGGCGCUAGCGAGAGACCCGUCUCGCAUUCAUUUCCUAUUAAAUAGAGGCUCAUCCAAGCUCUUAUUUAUUUUGGUUCAGAGCUUUUUGUAUCUUGCCCCGUUCGCUUUUUCGUGCCUUUAAAGACCUCGUCACUCGCUCGUUCUAAAAAGGUCAUCUUUUAACUUGGCUUUGUUCGGUCUUUCUUGUCUAGUACACUCGUUCUAUUCUUCGCAAUAGCCAGCUAAUACCUAAUUGUCUCUCUCGCGAGUUGUAUAUACUACAAUCCCACAUAUCCUCAAGAUGCGUUUCUCCGUCAUUGUCGCCGGCUUCUUCGCCGCUGCUGCGAGCGCCCAGUCCACCGAGACUGCUACCGCCUCCGUUUCCGAACAGACCAGCACCGUAGCUGCCUCCACUGCUACUGAGACCGACUCCAGUGCCACCUCUACUAGCAACGUCGACCCUGCGGAGAGCUCUGCACAGUCCGCUACCAUCCAGUGCCUUGACAACUGUGAUCCUGCGGAUGUCAGCUGCCAGGCCGCCUGUAUCUCGGUCCCCAACCCUGGCACCCAGGGCGUGAACCAGACCACCGACUGCGUCGCCGCCUGCCCUCAAGGCAACGGCACCGCUUCUGACAACCAAGCUUACAGUGACUGCGUGACCCAAUGCAUCAGCCAGUACUUCUGGUCCAGCAGCGCUCCCAACCAGGCCACUAGCACUGGCAGUGUCACCGGUGGCUCUACCCGCUCUGCCACCCCCACCGUUACUCAGGUUGCGUCUACCAUUACCAGCGAUGGAUCCACUAUCGUCACCUCCGUCUCAACCACCUUGGCCCCCUCUGAAUCUGGAUCUGGAUCUGACUCCGCACCUACCACAUCCACCCAGGGUGGUGCCGGUGUUGCUCUCUCCCCUGUCGGAACUGGCCUUGGCCUUUUCUCCUUCUUGGCUGCCUUCCUUGCUCUAUAAGGUUAGCAAUUGCUAAGGUGCGAUAAAGUAUGGAUGCUAUGGGUUACGGGAUAUGCCGGGUAGUAAUAUCAUAUAAUGGAUGGGGCGCGAAAAGAAAAUAAUAUCAGUGGCGGAGCGUUGGUAAUACCUAGGACAUCACUGUUAAUUGGAUACGUAAUAACGUUGCAUAGAACGCGAAUAUGAGCUUUCUAUCCAUAUAC